AUGACAAAGGAUGGAGAAGGAAAUAUACUGACAAGUGAGGAAAAUGUAACUAGAAGGUGGAAGGAGUAUUUUGAAGAGCAGAUGCAUAUAGAACACGUGAGGGAGAGGCGGUUGGAAGAGGUGGAGAUAGUACAUCAGGUAGAGCGAGGGAUCAGCAGAGAAGAAGAGAGGACAGGCAAGAAGAGAAUGAAGGGUGGUAAGGCAGUAGGACCAGAUAGCAUACCGGUGGAUGCGUGGAGGAUCUUAGAAAAGUUGGUAGUGACAUGGCUUACCAGAUUGUUUAACAAAUUCCUUGUAGGUGAAAAGAUGCCGGAAAAGUGGAGAAAAAGUGUGUUAGUGCCGAUUUUUAAGAACAAGGGUGAUGUGCAGAGCGGCAGCAGCUACAGAGGUAAAAAGCUGAUCAGUUAUGCAAUGAAGACAUGGGAAAGAGUGGUAGAAGCUAGACUGGGAAGAGAGGUGAGGAUCAGUGAGGAACAAUAUGGUUUCGUGCCUGGAAGAGGUACUACAGAUGCAAUAUUUGCUUUGAGAAUGUUGAUGGAGAAGUCCAGAGAAGGUCAGAAGGAGUUGCAUUGCGUGUUUGUAGACUUAGAGAAGGUUUAUGAAAGGGCGCCAAGGAGUUGGCAUUGUAUGAGGAAGUCAGGAAUGGCAGAGAGGUAUGUGAAGGUGAUGACACUGUCUUACGUGGUGAGAGCCGGGAGGAAUCUGAGGAGGAGCUGGGAAGAUGAAGAUAUGCACUGGAGAGAAGAGGGGAAUGUGAAAGUAAGCAGGAACAAGGUGAAGUAUAUGUAUGCAAAUGGAAGAAAUGGCGGGGAAACGGUAAGGCUGCAAGGUGUAGGAGUGGCGAAAGUCAAGGAAUUCAAAUGCUUGGGGUCAACCGUACAAAGGAACGGAGAAUGGGGUAGAGAAGGAAAGAAGAGAGUGCAGGCUGGAUGGAGUGGCCGGAGAAGGGUGACAAGAGUGAUCUGUGACGGAAGAAUGUCUGCAAGAAUGAAGAGGAAAGUGUAUAAGACGGCAGUCAGGCCAACCAUGUUAUGUGGUAUGGAGACUGUGCCGCUGACGAGAAGACAGAAGACAGAGUUGGAGGUUGCAGAAUUGAUGUUGCGUUUUUCUUUUGGAGUGACGAAGUGGGUGAUGGGCGAGGGGGAAGAAGACGCAGAUCGCUGUGGCGACCCCUAA